AUGGCAUCUAUCUUUACUUAUGAUCCGGACCCGCCAAGAGUCUCCUCGCCAUGGUCAACAUCAGGGUCUUCGACGCCUCAGGUUGCAGCGAGUGGACCUCGAGGCAUGGCGAUUCGGACUCGUUCCGGCACGGAGCUGGACCGUGCGGAUCCAGAUUUCCUGUCCGACUAUGGAAUCACAAAACUGGAGCCAGAACCACAGGAGGGGCCCACCGAAUACAAGUUACAUCUACUCUUACGCUCCCGUCGGCUCUAUAAUUCUAUGUCCACUGGUCAUGUAGUAGGCGGUUCCUAUCAUUCUCGUGCUAGCCUACCUACCUCUGGCCCGACCCAUUCAAGCUAUGAAUCGAGUUUGAGAUCAGCGCAGGCUCGCUCGACACAAAGCCGUCAGCAACGCCUGCAGCAGCUGACGACACAGCUGCUCUGGCGCUUGCAGCAAUCGUCGCCGUUCCAUUCGUCCACGACUGCCAACCUAGUGCUUCCAGUACUACCGGAAGCAACGCCUCAACUCGGUGCUCCCCAAAAACCAACACGUCUGCUGCCUGGCCUUGAGGAGAGUCAAGGUGCUUUGUACGAGAUUGGUGUGGCUGACGACGGGACCUUCGUUGGUCUUACGCAGGAUGAGCUGGAAGAAAGCUUGGCGAACCUGCAGGUCAUGGCGGCCAGUCUGGGUUGCAAAGUUGAGAUUAUGCGCAGAGUCAUAGUCGGUGAAUGUGAAUGGGCCGACUGGAACGAAGACUCGUGCACCGAAACGGUCGAUCCUUCCAAGACUCAUACAGAAAGUCUCUGGGUUGCGGAAGCCCUGGUCAGUCCGGACUUAGAAUACUACAAAUUGAAAUCGCAUCGGGAUAUAUUGGGUGAUGAGUCUGCCACGAAAGACGCCCAGCCGAAGGUCAUCUGCGAGGAUGAUCAUUCCAACACGGAGCAAAUCCGGAUAUCCAUCACUGGGCCGAGUGCGGCCGGAAAGUCAUCUCUCCUGGGUACUUUGACAUCAUCUGUCCUCGACAACGGGCGAGGGGCUAGUAGAUUGAGCCUUCUCAAACACCGUCAUGAGAUCUCCUCUGGAGUAACGAGUUCCGUCGCGCAAGAAUUGGUGGGCUUUGUGGCGAAUGGACCAUCCAACAAUCCUGUCGAAGUGGUCAAUUAUGCAUCUGGUAAUGUCGCAGCCUGGGAUGACAUUCAUGCCGCCACCAAGGACGGCCGUCUGGCUUUCUUGUCUGACCUCCCAGGCUCAGUGCGCUAUCUGAAGUCUACUUUGAGGGGACUGGUGAGCUGGGCUCCUCAUUAUGUGAUGCUAUGUAUCCCGGCCAAUUGUGACGAAGAGACGGCCUCAGACUCUGUCGGCAGUGCAGCAGAGCAAGUCACGGAAAUCAAUCUGGCUCUAUCGCACUUGGAUCUUUGUAUCAAACUAGGAAUACCGACGGUGCUUGUGAUUACAAAGAUGGACGUUGCUUCUCGUGCAGGCCUGAGAAACAAUCUGACCAAGGUCUUAUCAGCGCUGAAGCUUGCAGGCAAGAAACCUGCAAUGCUACCUGUACAGUCUGUCUCCCCUGAACAGGUGAUAGAUCUGCAACAUAUUGGGCACAAUGAUUGUGAAGAAGUCAACAAGGUCGUGACUGCCGCGAAUGCUGACUGGUCCCUGACAGUCCCUAUUGUUCUCACCAGCGCAGUCAAUGGUACAGGUGUGGGGAAGUUGCAUGCUUUCCUUCGAUUCCUCCCCAUUCCUCAGAGUCCAUGCUUGAGGAGUGUAGUGCUGCCUGAACCAUCUCCGCCCUUGCAUCUUCCUGCAAAUAUUUUCGAUGUCGAUGAAGUAUUUGCUAUUCCUCCCUCAAAGGUCUAUUCGGCGCCCACGGAGAAUGGUAGAAAGAAUCAUGGCGUUGUCCUCUGUGGUCUAGUUCGCUACGGAGCUAUCUCUGUGGGGGAUGAGCUUCUGAUCGGACCUUUAAUCUCCAACUCACAGGCUGAGACUGAGAACAUAUCAUCAGGUCAGAGGAAUCGACUGGGGCGAAGUAGACCCUCUUCCGGAGAGUUCUCGACUUCCUUUCCGCAAGGGUUUCUAUCGGGCAAAGCGACCUUUCCUGCGGAAGCACACUGGCAGCGCGUACGAGUCGUCAGCGUCAGAAACCUCCGAUUACCGGUCCGUACUCUCAUCCAGGACCAAGUAGGCACAGUUGGUAUUGAGUUUCUGCCCUCUACCCAGCAUGGGGAAGGCCCGCACUUAGGAAAGGUUCGAAAGGGUACUAUACUGGCCGACAUUCCACCCACAUUAAGGACAAGGGCCGCCUUGUUCCACACAGGGUUCGUUGCCAGUUUCCCAAUGACCGAAUUUUCUUCAGCUGUUUCUCCACCACUGCUGUUGGGCGGCAACGCCAUUGCAUACAUUGCAAAUGUUCGUUCUACGGUGAAAGUAACCAGCAUGACACUUGCGGGGGACGAGAUCAUCUCGUCUCCGCCAUCUCCUACCGAGCCCGUAUUCUUCAACUUCGACAAUGACGCUGGCGAUCGUGGGAAGAGGAACACAUCCGAAGUCAGUAAAGUGGUAAAUGAUUCCAGCAACUCAAGCCAGGGGGAGGUCAAAAUUACAUUCUCUUUUGUUACGUCGGUCGAAUGGGUGGAAGUCGGCUCUCUUUCGCUUAUCAUACCAGGCACUUCAACGGCCCUGCCUCCUGGGCAAGGCGCGCCACCUACUUUGGGUCUUAAUGGUUUCGUGGGUAGGGUUUGCGAUGCCAUAUCCUCAGAUUCACCAGAAACCGAGUGA